AUGAUAUGGGAGCUUGGUACAUUGAAUCUUGGGCCAGUGAAAGCCUUUAAUAUAAUGAGAAAAAGAUACGGAGGGUUUGAAAAUGUAGGCGCAACUAAAGACGAUUGCAAGAAUUUUAGAGCUAGGAUACAUAGCUACAUCGGACAGUAUGAUGCAGAUAUGGUUAUCAAUAGGUUGACCGAUAAAAAGCAGUUUAUGGUUGAUUAUUCAUUCUUUCAUUCGGUCGAUGAAAACAAACGAUUAACCGACCUGUAUAAAAUGGUUUUUGUACCUUUUACUGGUAUUGAUAAUCAUUGUCGAAAUGUGACACUUGGAGCCGGGUUUUUAGCAUCCGAAAGCAUUGAAUCAUACAAGUGGCUUUUACAGUCAUUUUUGAACUCAUUUGGUAAGCAGCCGAAUGUGGUUGUCACUGAUCAGGAUCCCGCGAUGAAACAAGCCAUCGAAGCAGUGUUCGAUAAGAGUAGGCACAGAUUAUGUAUGUGGCACAUAAUGAAGAAACUUGCUGAUAAGGUCGGACAUCAGCUGUGCAAUAACGAAGACUUUAAGAGACGUAUGUGUGACAUUGUAUGGACAGAUUCGAUUACGCCAGAAACGUUUGAGAGAGACUGGAAGCUGAUAAUGAUUGAUUUCGGUCUAACUGAGAAUAAGUGGAUUGAUGAUAUGUUUGGCAUGAGAUCUUCGUGGAUCCCAGCGUUCUAUCGUCAUGAGCCUAUGUCUGGGCUUAUGCGGACCACUUCUAGAUCAGAGAGCGAAAACCAUUUUUUCUGUCAAGUGGCGAAUUCUCAACUUACCCUUGUUGAGUUCUUUAACCAUUUUGAUGGUGCAAUGGACAUUCAAAGAUUCAACCAUCGGAAGAAUGACCAUAUAUCUAGAAAUACAGUCCCCGAUAACUUUUCUGAAUCUACUCUAGAGGAUGAUGCCAUGAAAAUUUACACCAGGUCAAUUUUUGCUGAUCAACAGACAGAGUUACAAGGAACACUGUCCGAGUGCCUUCCGAUGGAGACUAAAAUUGAGGAACCUUUUUUGAAGAUAAGUAUGAAGGAUUGGAAAGCUCACGGCGACGGUUUAUUAGAGGUAUGUUUCAAGAAGGGGGAGGAUGUAAUUGCAUUAUGCACUUGUCGCAGGUUUGAACAAUAUGGAUUGUUGUGCAAGCAUAUAUAUUUCGUGUUCAAGAUGUUCAAAGUGAAGGAAAUUCCCAACAAGUAUGUAAUGAGAAGAUGGACUAAAGAUGUGGUACCGAAUGAUCUUAAUAAUACAUUUGAUAUUACUGUUGACGGUGAUGAUGCGCAUAAAAAGGCCAAAGAGGUUGCGUAUGAGAUUAUGCAGACUGGAGAGUAUCUUAUUGGUAACCUGAUCAAAGAUUUCGAUCAUCUACUUAUAGUCAAGGAUCGGAUGAGAGAGAUGAAAGAAAUGGUUGAUGAACUUCGCAUAACCAAGCCCAUCGACCCUAAGUUUGAUAGAUAUUCAAGGUUAAUUGGUUACGAGAAACCAAACACUGACGAUCCACCUACAGUCCGUGUGCCAACUGGUAUUAGAAACAAAGGACGCGGUUCACAUAAGCGCAUUAAAUCAAAAAAAGAGAAAAUUAUUAGUCUAAAAGGCAAGAGAGGUCAGACAUGCAGUCACUGCAAUAUCAAAGGUCAUGACAUUCGAACUUGCAAGGUGUUAAAGGGUGAAGCUACUGCUGCUGAUAAGGUUGCCAAUAAGGAGGGGAGGAAAAGAAGAGCAAUUCAGUUAGAGAAGGAUCCUAAUUUAGUUGAUGAAGAGGAAGAGGAGGUUGAAACUGGUGACGAAGAGGAGUUUGAGGAGUCCGACGAAGCAGAAGAUAGUGAUUUUGAAUGCGAAGACGAGUAG